AUGGCGGCCCUCCAGAACAAGAUCCCGACCUGCAAGCUGAACGACGGCACUGAGAUUCCUGUUAUUGGCUACGGCUUUGGGACUGCAUGGUUCAAAAAACAGGGCGAUACCACCAUCAAUUCCGAUCUCGUUGAGUCCGCCAAAAAUGCGGUGAAGUUGGGAUAUCAGCAUCUUGAUGGCGCCGAAGUCUAUCGGACCGAGGAGGAAUUGGGCCAGGCCAUUCAGGAAUGCGGCAUCCCCCGGGAUCAGCUGUUCAUUACAACCAAAGUGAACACCAAUAUUGCUGAUAUCCCCGCGGCCAUCGAUGCAAGCUUGAAGAAGCUCCGUCUUGAUUAUGUCGACUUGUACCUAAUCCACCAGCCAUUCUUCGCAAAGACCGAGGCUCAACUCCAGGAAGCCUGGGCUGCGAUGGAGCAGGUUAAGGCAUCUGGCAAGGCCCGGUCCAUCGGAGUUUCCAACUUUUUGCAGAGCCACUUAGAAACAGUUCUCAAGACCGCGCAGGUCAUUCCUUCCUUGAACCAGAUUGAGUACCAUCCCUACCUCCAGCAUGGUGACCUGGUGCCCUGGCAGCAUAGCAAGGGCAUCAAGACGGUGAGCUAUGGUGGCCUGACCCCGAUCAUUCGCGCCCCUGAUGGCCCGCUUGGCCCGCUCCUUGAGGCCCUGGCGACCAAGUACGCGGUCAGCCCAGCCGAGAUCCUGCUGCGGUGGACUGUGGACCGGGGUGGCGUGGCCAUCACUACUAGUAGUAAGGAAGAGCGAUUGGCUGGCUACCUGCGCGCGCUAUCGUUUGAACUCACACCCCUGGAGGUGAAUGAAAUCUCGGAGCUUGGCCUACAGAAACACUAUCGGGCGUUUUGGCAGGAGAAAUAUGCCGCUGAUGACCGAUCCUAA